UGAUGCCGGUUCCUUCCCUCCUCCGGGGAGGGCCCCAGUUUCUGCAUUGGCUCUGCCGGGUUUCACCACCGCCGGCUCCAGCUUAAAGGUGAGAACUGGUGGUGCUGGGUGAACUGGGGAGGCGAGGAUGGGUGUUCAACGUUGGCUCGUGGCCUCUGCGCUCUGCGUCGCCGUCCGGGGACAGGACUAUGGGCUCUCCCGCCCACCCCCUCAUUUCGGCUCCAUCUACCACGUCCGAGGUGUCAUUAACCUGCCCUAUGCUGAGAUCGAGGAGCCCUUCGAAGCCUGGUACAACCUGACGGGAAACAAGAGCCGGAUCCAGUACUAUGGGGGGCAAGUGAUAACCUACCAGCUGGCUGCGGUGAAGCCUUACGGGAUGCGGUACAAGAUCACGCCAGAGACCACCGAGAAGGAGGUGAACACCAGGAAAUGCUUCCAGCUGCCCGGCUCCAAGGAGGACGUGGUCAAGGCUCAGAGCGUCUUCCCAAGCAUUGAUGGCUUCAAGUUCCUGCGGGAGGAGUACUACCGGGGCCGGUACUGCGCCGUCUGGCAGAACGUCACCCGCUGGGCGCAGAAGAAGAACGUCUACACCCUAUGGGUGACCAACUCCAGUUGCGGGGUGGCCCCCGUCCACUACGAGAUGCGGGGCUACAACAGCCUGCUGGGCUCCCACUACGACAAGUACGAGAUUGCCUACACCGACUUCGACAACAGCUUCCCCCCUUCCAUCUUCGACCUCCCCAUCAAUGAGACGAAGAAGUGCGGGGUGCUGCCGGGGAGCGCGGCGGAGCACCGGGUGCUGGCAAACCCCAUGGAAGACCUGGUGGGACGGCACCAGCCCUGGGCCCACGAGGUCUUCCACCACUACCGCAGGCGACUGGGGCGGCGGUACGGCUCUGCGCGGGAGCUGGAGCACAGGCAGAGCGUUUUCGUGCACAACAUGAGGUUCGUGCACUCGAGGAACCGCGCCGCGCUCUCCUACACGCUGGCGCUGAACCACCUGGCCGACCGCACGCCCCAGGAGCUGGCCGCCCUGCGGGGCCGUCGUCGGAGCGGGGCUCCCAACAACGGGCAGCCUUUCCCCACCGAGCUCUACACCGGCCUCAUCCUGCCCGAGAGCCUCGACUGGCGCAUGUACGGCGCCGUGACCCCCGUGAAGGACCAGGCCGUCUGCGGGUCCUGCUGGAGCUUUGCUACGACGGGCGCGAUGGAGGGUGCCCUCUUCCUCAAGACUGGCGUGCUGACCCCCCUGUCCCAACAAGUCCUCAUCGACUGCUCCUGGGGCUUCGGGAACUACGCCUGCGAUGGGGGCGAGGAGUGGCGAGCCUACGAGUGGAUCAAGAAACACGGCGGCAUCGCCAGCACCGAGUCCUACGGCACCUACAAGGGGCAGAAUGGCUUGUGCCACUACAACCAGUCUGAGAUGCUGGCCAAGAUCACAGGCUACGUCAACGUCACCUCGGGCAACAUCACGGCGGUCAAAGCUGCCAUCUACAAGCACGGCCCCGUGGCCGUUAGCAUCGACGCCUCACACAAGACCUUCUCCUUCUACUCCAACGGCAUCUACUAUGAGCCCAAGUGCACAAACGAGCCGGGAGCGCUGGACCACGCGGUGCUGGCUGUGGGCUACGGGGUCCUGCAGGGAGAGACCUACUGGCUCAUCAAGAACUCCUGGUCCACGUACUGGGGCAACGACGGCUACAUCCUCAUGGCCAUGAAGGACAAUAACUGUGGCGUGGCCACUGAAGCCACCUACCCCAUCCUGGCCUGAGCCACCUCUUGGCUCUCUGGGGAGAGCCCUCGGCGAUGCUCCGGCACCCAUCCCUGGAUCAGCACCUUUGGUGUGAGCCAUCACGGAGGAGGAAGCUGGGGACACGGUGGGACAGGGCCAUGGGGUCCUGGACAAGGGGCAGGAUGGGGACCCAGCUGUGGGCUUGCCAAUAAAGACCCUGGAAAAACUGU